AUGCCGCCUCCUAACUCACACAGCUCGCCACUCUCUUCGACGACCGCAACACCUGACCCCCCGCGCCGAUCGUCGAUUCCCACACCUGCCCCCGUGGAGACUGACAACGCUCACGAUGACAACGUGAACUUUCUGCGAUCGCGACCAGCUCUCUUCAACCCGCUACUACCCUCCUUGAGCCGACAGCGUCGCCGCCGCUACCCGACCAAUCCACCGCAAAACGAAGACCGCAUGGAGGUUGAUGAUCCCGCCAAUCCGCGCACAUCCGUUGAACUCAACCGUCGCAUCCCGAUUGUGCGUCGCCAAGAGAGAUCAACCGACAUGCCGAACUACGAAGGCCGAAUGCCCAACUCACGAUCGUUGUAUGGAUGGGCACCCGGAUCCGAUGAUGAGGAUGGUGCUGCGCGCGAAGAGUCAGAAGAUGAUCAAAUGGAGCCCUUCCUCCAUUCCACCUCAAGUCGAGAUACACCCCCCGCACGGCCUCCGCGCAAUGAGGUCCCUGGCCCCGCCCAACUGAUACCCCAUGAGUAUGCAACGCUGCCGGGAAGCAGUCAGGCUCGGCCAUCGAUCUCCGCAGUGGCGGCAUUAUUACAAUCUGCAAGGCGUCAGCCUCGGCUUUCAAGAAGUCGCACACUGGAGAACUACAUCAUCGAUCGCUAUUCAGAUGCCACUCCUGACGAGGACGCUGAAAAUACAAUCGGGCUCGCAUCUCGGGGAUACCGCUAUCGUCCUGCGGCGCGCGGGGAUUCACAUCAUACCAACCUCACCCACAAUGACCUACGCGCUCGGGCUGCCGCUCAUCGCCAGCUACACUCAGACACAUGCCUGAGCAAUGUGCUGGGGGAAACCAUCCACUAUCUUGAUCGCAUUCGGUAUUCAAACUCCCUUGAAGACAGUAUGCUUGUCUUGGCAGACAGCCGGCUAUCCUUCUCGAUGGAUACAAAGUCUUGGAGAGAUACGGACUUCAUUCUAUACACUCCGAACAUUGCACCACCCCCGGCAUGCUCAUGGCUUCGAUCUGGAAUGGCUUUUUCGGGCUGUCAACGAGCUGCGAGUGCCGGGUGUUCAGUGUUGUCGCAACGCAUUCCCAGUCCGAACGCCCCAAGUGAACCUGUCAUUGUAAAUGGAAGUGAUAGCACCCGAAUCAGCGUUUCUACCACAAGUGGCCGCCGAUACUUGGCUAACAACCGCGACGAAAACUGGCCUGUCAAGGUCACCAUACACCAGAUCAACCAUGAUGACAUGACUUUAUCUGGCACGAUGGAGGCCUACAACAUCCCUGACAAGACCUCGCCCACCCAUGAUGCACACAUCGUAACUUUCUUGGAGGGUGAGAUUAUCGAUUUCAACAAUCACACGCUGGAGACAAAGAACUUCAAAGCAGACGCAGACAUUGAUAGCACAUACUGGCGUGAAUUGCAGCCGUUCAAGGAUCUGACAGAUGCUGAGAUGGCCCGGAACCUUGUGAGCCGGAAGUGGAUUGCCGAGGAAUUGUCCAAGGGAUGGAUCUUGAUGAGAUGGAAGGAACGAUGCUUCAUCACACCAACCGAUGCUCGUCAAGGUCUUACAAUCUCUGGAUUCUACUACAUCUCCCUUCGCCGCGAGGACGGGCACAUCGAAGGUCUGUACUAUGACCCAGGAAGCUCGCCUUACCAGCAGCUCUCUCUGAAUCCAGAAGUAUCGAAAAUGGUUCGCCCUUCUUACGGUUUCCGCUGA